AUGAUGUAUAUGUGUACAUCACAGUUUGAGAUUCAUGAAGAGGAGCGAAUAAUGCUCUCUGAAUAUCUUUCGGCUCAGGAGAUACAGGCUGCAAAGGAAGAGAGAACACAGCAGCAACUCGCUGUCGAUCUAAUUAGCGACAAUGAAGAGGAUGAAGGGUCUACGACACAGCUCCAAGCCAGAUCCCAACCCCGAGCUAUCUCGCAAGCCCUAGCAACCUCGCAGGCUGCCCAGGGUCCGUCUGCCAAAGCACUCGGUAAAAGACGCAUAAGCAAUUUCGCUGACGAUGUGGAAAGUGACGAGGAGGAAGACGAUGGUCAAGAGUCGGAGGCAAUAGCUCUGCUAGAGAUACAGCACCGAGUGUCAGGCAGAGUCCGUAAGCGUUCAAGGUUGCUAGAUGGGUAUGAAACGUCUAAUAUGUAA